AGGACGCACUUUAAAACGGAAGUGGAGUGAAUUUAAAACGGAAGUGGAGUGAAUGUCUCAAGCUCCUACUUCCUUGUGUUGUUGCGUCCUGUUACCUAUUCAGUCCAUCGUACGCUUGGAUUUGGGCAAACGUCUGAAUUAUAGGGGGGGGUUCCUUGCAUUGGGCCAACCGUUCAUGCCCCUUGGAGAGGCCGCUGUCAGUUCCCACUGUGCGUCUGCGGCUCUGCUGACAUCAUACAGGAAGACAAACGGUCGAGUGGCGGCUGAAUAGAGACAGGAAACCGCUGCAGCUUCGUCACGGGCCUCAGGAUGACUGAAUUCUGGGUUUGUUUCAGCUGCUGUAUCGCCGAGCAGCCGCAGCCUAAACGGCGGCGACGAAUCGACCGCUCCAUGAUCGGCGAGCCAACAAACUUUGUACACACCACACACGUCGGCUCGGGCGACAUGGGCCUGGGAUUAGCCUCGGUGGACCUGGUUCAAGCCCAGAUGAAGUCCAAAGGUGGAUAUGUAGACGGCGGCUCUGAAGGGUCACAAUUAUAACAAGCCCUUCAUUGUGGAAACUACUGUUGUUUAUAUGAGGAAGCAGUUCAGUCCUUCAUGGACACAGGACCAAAAGAUAAAACUACUGCUUUUUCCCAUAAUGUUGUGUAUAUAAUUUUUAUUUUCCAUUUCUUUUUUUGUUUUGUUUUAUGAAAGCACUGCUAUCAAUUUGUUGCCAUGCUGUUGCACUGUAAAGAGUAGCAGUUAGGAAGAGGAGGCUUUAAUACGCUCAUCAUCUCAGUAAGUCAGACGUAUGCUUGUGUGUAUGCAUGAGGGACAACUAUUUUUGCUCUCGGAGCCCACGUCGGAUGCUUGUAUUUAUUAUCGCAUUUGCAAACGGACCUCACGGUGGCUGGGCCACGCCGCGCAGUUGGAACCUUCCAUUUCCGUCUUUUCCUUCUCGGGAGGUUUAAAAAAAAAAAAAAAAAAAAAAAGGUGGAAGGGGCAAAUUAAGUUUCUUUUUCUUUUUUUCAGAGAAAUCUCAUGAUCCUCUGAGUUGCCUUCAGGGUCUCAUUGCUGUUUUCUAAUAAUAAACUUGAAUUGAGUAGAGUACACUGGACCACACCAUGUACACUCACGCCUGCUUUAGGAAUUCCACUUUUUUUUUUACACUCAUUUACAUCCAGUCAUGUAGAAUUUUAAUAAACUGUUAAUUUACUUA